UUUUUAAGUUCCCGAAAGGGGGAUGUCGUGAGUUUUCUGGCAACCCGCGAGGUUUCAGCAUAUCACGCAGGUCAGCCAUAGAAGCUCCGGCGUGUUGCAUCCACGAUUAAACAGGGACUGUGACUAGUCAUGGCUGAUGAGGGAUAUGUUGUGAGAAUCCGGGGUCUACCAUGGUCCUGUUCAGUAGAUGAAGUACAGAGGUUUUUCUCAGGUUGUGAAAUUCUUAACAAGGGCAAUGGAAUUCACUUCACCUACACAAGAGAGGGGCGUCCCAGCGGAGAAGCAUUUGUGGAACUGGAGACAGAAGAUGAUCUGAAAAUUGCUGUGAAGAAGGACAGAGAAACUAUGGGUCACCGAUAUGUGGAAGUGUUCAAAUCCAACAAUGUUGAGAUGGACUGGGUCAUGAAGCAUACUGGCCCGAACUGCCCAGAGACAGCAGGAGACGGGCUUGUACGGCUCCGGGGCCUUCCGUUUGGCUGCAGCAAGGAGGAGAUAGUGCAGUUUUUCUCAGGGUUGGAAAUCGUGCCAAAUGGGAUAACAUUGCCGGUGGACAUCCAGGGGAGGAGUACGGGGGAGGCCUUCGUGCAGUUUGCUUCACAGGAUAUAGCUGAAAAGGCUCUAAAGAAACACAAGGAAAGAAUAGGGCACAGGUACAUUGAAAUCUUCAAGAGUAGCCGCGCUGAGGUGCGGACCCAUUACGAGCCCCAGCGAAAGCCUAUGGGCAUGCAGCGACCCGGCCCCUAUGACAGGCCCUCCGGUGGUCGAGGUUAUAACAUGAUGGGGAGAGGAGGAUCUUAUGACAGAAUGCGCCGAGGGGGCUACGCAGGAGGCGUAUCAGAUGGGCGGUACAAUGAUGGCGGUUCAUCCUUCCAGAGUACAACAGGCCACUGUGUUCACAUGAGGGGCCUGCCCUACAGAUCUACAGAAACGGACAUCUACAAUUUCUUCUCUCCUUUGAAUCCUGUGCGGGUCCAUAUUGAGAUUGGUCCAGAUGGGCGGGUAACUGGAGAGGCGGAUGUAGAGUUUGCCACACAUGAAGAUGCUGUGGCAGCCAUGUCCAAAGACAAAGCCAACAUGCAGCACCGUUAUGUUGAGCUGUUCUUGAACUCGACAGCAGGUGGCAGUAAUGGAGCCUAUAGCAGCCAGAUGAUGGGGAAUCAGUCAUCCUACAGUAGUGGCCAGCUGGGCUCAGGGUACUCUGGAGGGUACAGCAGCCAAGGAAGUAUGGGGGGCUACAGUGACUACAGUAACCAGGGUGGAAUGGGAAGCACUUACUAUGGCAGUGGUGGAGGUGGUGGAAACAGAGGCUCAAUGAAUGGACUUGGUGGGGGGUGGGGAAUGUAGAUUUGUUUUUUUUUCAUCCUUUCCUUAUGUCUUUGUUUUUAACUCACCAUUUUUGUGAAAGGAAUGGAAAUGCCUCACCUUGCAAACACAAAAGAGGCAUGUGAGGUUGAUUUGAAUACUGAGGGUUUGUAUUUUUCUUUAAAUGAUUGUCAGAAGUGAAAUGAUCUGUUGUCAUAAAAAAUGUACCUACACUGUUCUGCCCCAUUCCUUACAGAUCUGGCUUUGCCCAAACUAUCUGUUAAGUAACUGCGUUACUCAGUUCUUUUUACAACACAGCUAAAGAGUUGUUUUACCUUGUUUUGAUGACUUCAACGUCAGCAAAACAAGGUAAAACAACUCUUUUAAUGUGUUGGAAAACACACAGAAUUAACGUACAAAAGACAUCCGUUAAGUAGUUUCAACCCUUGAGUGUGUAACUUUGCCUUGUUCCUGAAAACGGACUCAUCCUGUGCUGGUAAACAUUAAGUCGAAGUGCAUGAGCACGAAUAUUGCUUGGUAUCUUCUGAUGUUUCAGAACAGGAUUUUGGCCCCACCUUGUCUUUUUUUAGUUAGUGUUUAUCUGAUAGACUUCUCAUGUCUCUGAGGACAUCACGUUUGCUAGAGUUUUGACUGUUUUCAGAAUUGGUUUUUAAUGAGGGCUACAUCUGUGGAAAAUACGUUUUGCAACAAUGGAUGUUUUUACAGCUUCAAAUACUAUUUGUAUUAUCUGUGCACAAAGUGAAUAAACUAGUCUGGAAUAUCUAA